CUUGCCUGCUGAAAGCGCAGCGGCUAGGAAAAAAGGCAACCUGGAAUUUAUAGAGCAAAGAUUGUAAUCUGGCAAUGCGGAAAUAGAUGGACGUUUCAAGUCAACGAGCUGGCAUUCCACUUCUGGACUGAAGACGUGAGAGUUCGUAUCAGAGAAAACAAGGAUUGCACAUCACUUAUACCAUAAAACUACUAUUUUUCUAUAGCUUUUCAGAGGACUUCUGCAUGUUUGGUUUCACUGGCAGAAAGAGCAAUACUUUCUGGCGCACGACAGCCACGGACGGAUCAGAAGAAUAAUUUUUGUUAACCCCUUGUCAAACUAAAGUGGGUUGUGCGUUCCCUUGGAUUCAGACUAAACUGUCUUCAGGCGCGCAUCAUCAUGGACGUGUUGGCGAAUUACAGUAUUUUUCAGGAACUCCAACUCGUGCAUGACACUGGCUAUUUCUCUGCGAUGCCUUCGCUGGAGGAGAACUGGCAGCAGACAUGUCUAGAGCUGGAACGGUACCUGCAGACAGAACCCAAACGUCUGUCCGAGUUGUUCGACGAGGAGCUCGACUGCCUCCUCACCCCGGCCUUCAUGCACGGCACGGCUGGCGACAGCGACGAGGACCUGAUGGACCCCCUCCUGCCCGGCCUCUCCGACCAGCCCAGCCCCCCGCCCCUCCUCGUCUCCCUCCCCAAGGUGCCCAGAGUCCUCCAGGCCCCCAACACCAGCAAGACCCCGGAGGCCGGGACCCAGGCGAAAGACGCCACGGCCACCAGCGGAGUCAACGCCGCCCAGCUGAGCGCUGCCGUCACCUCCCUCACGCCGCCCUCCUCGCCGGAGCUGGGCCGCCACCUGGUGAAGCCCAUGCAGACGCUGACCGCCACGGCCGACGGCACGCUCACACUCAAACUGGUUCCCAAGAAGGUGGGACUGGGGGCCGCCAAGCUGGUGGCCACGCGCUCUCUGCCGUCCCCGCCAGGCCGGGGCGGGGCACUGAGCGACAGCGAGCAGGGAGGGGGGGGCUCCCUGGGGCUGGGGGGGGACAUCCCGGAAAACAAGAAGAGGGUGCACCGCUGCCAGUUCAACGGCUGCAGGAAGGUUUACACCAAGAGCUCCCACUUGAAGGCACAUCAGAGGACCCACACGGGUGAGAAGCCCUACAAGUGUUCCUGGGAGGGUUGUGAGUGGCGUUUCGCCCGGAGUGACGAACUGACAAGGCACUACCGCAAACACACCGGGGCAAAGCCCUUCAAGUGUAACCAUUGCGACAGGUGUUUCUCCAGGUCAGACCACUUGGCCCUGCACAUGAAGAGGCACAUCUAAGGGGAGUCAGGAGAGAGAGAGGGAGAGAAGAAGAAGAGAAGGAGAGAUAGGAGAGAAGUGAGGCAGGACAUGUCGAACCACACACCAGCUCCGCCUCAGCCCGUCCAGAGACCACCCUUGCCGAGACCUGACACCAGGGGAGCAAAGCAUUGUGGGGGAUCAAACCCUGGAACAACUGGCAACACCAGAUGGUCGGCGAGGAGAUGGAGUAGAAGAGGGGAGGGGCUAGUUGUUGUUUUCUUUCGAUUCACACUUCCAUAUUCCACAACUUUCUACAGUCUACACAACACUCUUUGAUUGCAUCGCUUGGUAAGCCCUACUUUGGGCUAUGGACUCAGACACUGCCAAACCGAAACUCUGGUCCGACAGGACCCAUUUUCACCUGUUUCUUUACUGUACAUUCAAUUGGAGUGGAGAGAAGAUCAUAAGGCCCUAUAAUGACUGUGCUCAACUCUCACAUAACAAUCAUGAGUGACUAGCAGAAACAGCGAGUGGGUUUUAAAACAACUUUUAUCUUUUCUCUCCAUUCAACCGUUUUCUUCUCAAUUUUACUGUUUGUUUUUUGCAACAUGUAAAAAAAAAAAAAAAACAUAAUACUGCAGCUAUACAGGAAUCUCAGCAAACUACUCUGUGUGAAGUCAACAACCAAGCCAAAACCGCACGAGAGGACGAUGAUGGCGAGGUUGGUGGUGGUGAUGAUUAUGUUAAGGAUGAAGAUGGAACUAUCGAGACCCACAGCAGAGCCUCCACCUGGAGUGAGCCUGGGGUCAUGUGACUUGGGGGAGCUCUGCUGUGACCCCUGUCUUUCCAGGGCUCUCCUCUGGGGGGCGCUCUUCUGUCUCACCUUCACGCCUGCCACCUCACAGGCAAACUAACAAAUGCGCAGCGACACUUUCUUGCCUUUGUGUUUUUUUUAAAGACAUUUAUUGUUAUAAUUAUCAAGAAUGAUGGUUUUUUUUUUUUCUCUUUGGCUGAAAUGUCUUAAAAUUCACUGAAUGAUGAAAAAAAAACAAAAAAAAAAACAUUUGAACUACUUCAUGAGGCAGAAUGUGUUGAUCUGGAAACGGGGGACCACAGAACAGACUUUCUCUCCUGUAGAGCAGCACAGACUGGACUUAUUAGCAGCUAUCUCACACUGACAGCAAAGGAGACAGAGGAACAAGGAGAAGUCACACAAACUCUGAAAAGUGCAGGAUUUAUAUUGUUGGACUGAAUUGAAAGAGGAGGCCGUCUGGUUUUCAUUCUGAUUUCCUCCCAUGCUCUCAGUCUGAAAAGAAGACCUUGGCUUGACCCCGCUGUGGCAUCGCUACUCAGCCAAGGAGGCCAGGAGAGCUGGAACAUGUUCUGCAGCUUUGUGCUGGUUCUGGAACUUUCCACUAUGGAACCUGUGCUGGGGAGGGGCAUGCUUAUGGCCACACCUCGUGCUAGGGGGACUGGGGAACUGGUUGGCUGGACAUGAGUCUGGGACUAAAGACAGCCAACCCCAGUCAGAGACAGAAAGAACAUGUCAUGUCUGCUACAUCAGCCUAGAGGAACCUGCCUGUUUCUUAUUCAUUGUCUGCACUGACUUUUUCAAUGUUAUCUCAACUUUUUUUCAUACAGUCAAAAAAAUCAGAAAAAAAGAAUACAAAGGAAAAAAACGUCAUAAAAAUACAAAAAGAAAAUUUACAAAAAUAAUUCUGUUUCUCUAUCACAUACAUAGAGCCGGUGAACACAAACUAACACACACACACGGACAUACACAACAGUUUUUUAUUUACUCAUUGCUCCUCUUUCAAGAUAAGACCUGUAAAACAUACGAAAAUAAUUAUAUUGUUAAUAUACAUUUGAAAAACAAAACACUGCAUGGAAGCCUUUUUGUCACUCACACACACUCAGAUAACACACACACGCACACUGCUUCCUGGAUUAUUUGUUCUGCUCCAAAUUCUCUCUCAGUAGGAUUUUAGCAACUGUUGUUUUGUACAAAAAGAUCUGCUGGAGGGUUGUGGCUUUGAAGUGAGAAACAAGCUCAUUCUCAUGUUCAAACAAUCGCCAUAGUUGGGCCUAGGCCUCUGUAUGUUAACAAUCAGCUUCUAAAAGCUUGGGACCAGAUUUUGCUUCUGCCCCAGGUAUGUGAAUUCCUACAUGGCCUUGCAAUCAGGGCAUUAUCCCCUCUAUGCCAGACUCCUUUCUCCUACUGCAUAUACACUCCAAGGGCCCCUUACUAGCAUCCUAUGCUGGCUGCUGUAUAAGAGUGGGGUAGGGUGGUGGUGGGGGGGGGGGUUUAUGGAGGUGGGGGUGUAGAUUCCAUUAAUGACUCUGCAGUACCAUGCAUCAGCCAUGCCAGACUCUACUAACGGAUCCCAGAGCAGCCCUCGGGGCCACGGUGCAGCUCAGAACAAUCGAUACCAAAAACCUCCAGCGCAGACCUGCCCUCCAGCCAGGGACAGGUUUUGGCACUCAGACCUAUCUGGGGGGAUCGCCUCCCUAUGAGGUGUACUGGCGGCAGCUCCUUCUCUACACGAACACACACAAUCACACACUCACGCACACAUCCACACUCCAUAUCUCUACAAAAAGACAAUGUAAAACAACAAGAGAUUAAGAUGACUCUGAUGUUCUGCUUUCCCGAUUCCGUUGGACUUCUCUGUUUCUUGUUUUUCAAAGCUACCACAAUGUUUAUUUUUCUCCAAGUUGGUUGAUGCGAGGUCAUGCCAAAUUAACAGAGAAAUGCAGGGGAUUUUUGAAUGGCCCCGCUCUUAUAUAAGUACGUACAAUCAUGUGUGGAUUGUGGCACUUUUCGGAGAGCUUUGUGAUGGUAUGUCUGUGAGCGUGCCCAUGUGAGAGCACAGCACAGCUCAGCUAGAUGCUGGCUGGAGGAUCGACAUACAGUAAUGAUGAUGAUGACCACUGCUAGACUGCAGGUUGUGUGUGUGUACAGAGAGUGGGGAACAGGGAUUGUACUGUAUGUGGGUUGAUGAGGUGAAAGCUUUCAAUCUAGCAAUGGCUGACGAUGCUUUUGUUUGGUUACAUUCUGGCCUUGUUUCUUUGACCCUUAAAACCACCCAGAUCAUGUUCAUUUAAAUAAGGAUCUUACAUACCUUAGAAACACACUCUGCUGCAUAGGUGUGAGUUAGCCGGUGAGUAAAAAAAAUGUCACUCAGUGUCGGCUCGGUAAGCUCUCUUAGAGCCCCUCACUCUACAAAGCUAACACACAUAUUUAGUCACUUUCAGUCCCCUCAUUCAGUCCCAUUAGCCAUGGACCGAUCUCAGCCUCACAUCAAAAACAAACGUAUUCCACAGUUAAAUGUAUUCCAUUUUCAUGGCAUUCCCAGCCUAGUGUUUAAGCCUCCUGUCAGAACAGAACAGAACAGUGCUGCCAUGGAGAUGCUCUUGGUUCUCUGUGGUGUUCUCAGUGCUAGUGGGCUAGCUUCCCACGGCUCUGAUUAGCAUUAGUGCUCCAGGCCCCAACAUGGAGCUCUCUGGUCUCUCAAGUCGCAGCCCCACUAAUGAGAUAGCUGUUGGUCACUGAGAAACCAAGAGGAUUGGGGAUAUGACAGCAUGAGGGACUGUUAGUGAAAUGGUUUCAAUAGUCAACAGCACUGGGGAAUAUGCCAUCUAACCAACAUGAGCCCAAUAGCUGUAGUUAUAAACCAAGAGAUAUAUAAUAUAUUUAUUAGAAGACAUGAUUGAAAUUGAAGAGAUAUUUUUUUGAAGAACAAACAAAUGUUGUUUACCCUAGGGAUUAACCAAAUGACAAAAUUAGCCCGGCAUUUAUAUCUCAUGGAUUAGAGAUGGGAUUAGCGUUAAUCUGAAAAACCCUUUUAACUAUUUAAAACACAGUCUAUGUCACCCCCCUCUAUCUCUCCCCCCAACCCUUCCCCACCUUCCCUUACUCUACAAGUGCCGUUCAGACAGCCCUUCCAUCCCUCCCUCUCUUUCUCUCGCUCUUACUCCAUCUUGCAGCAGUGGUCCAUGCACAAUCAACUGCAGGAACUCUGUAUGCACACUUACACUUUGCCCAAAGAUUAGCAGAUUUGCAAGUAAACUGCUGUGAAUGACAGGAGAGAAUCUGAAGAAGAGAAUCCGUAACACUCAAUUUCAGUUUAGCCCUACCUUUUCCAACUUUACUUUCAACCCCACAUGACAUUUCAAUCUCUGAUGUUUGAUAAAGUUACAUUCAUGGUUGUUCACGGUUGUAAAAUAAUGGUCAGAGAUCUUUAGGGUGGCAGUGCAGGUCGACUAGCAGCCUAACCACUCUAAUGUAGUAUUAGUUUCCAUUAGCUUCUUAGUACAGUGCAGAUAGUACAGUGGAGUAUCAUAUUUCAAAUGUCAAGUCAGAGUCAGACGGUAGCUAACUGUUGCCUGCAGCCAAGGUGGAGCAUAAUGCGCUGGGCAACAGUAAUGCAUUCGGUGGCUCAUCCAGAAUCUCACUCAUUUUUAAUGUUUCUGCUCGUCUUCGCAAACAUGCCGUGUCACUACAUGGAAAUUUACCGCACACACUACAUGUGCACUGCUAGCAUAGUCUGUUGGAGCACUUUGUCAAAUAUCCACUUAACAUUUUGUGACACCUUAUGAUGCACUUGUAACAAGAACCAACUAGAUCAACUAAGGACCAGCCAAUAUGAUUAGAUUUUUUGGACCAGUCCACCAUCUUGAAAUAACAGAAAUAGCCAUGUUGGUUAACAUCCGGACUCCUUACUUGUGGACUUGUUUGGUCCUGUUUUGGCAAUUGUUGUCAUGGUGGUUCUGUUGAAGUGCAUCCUGAUGUGACUUUGUCUGUAUCUGCUGUGUUUGUCCAUGCUUGAUGUGUCAGUAUAAGGGAUUCACAAAUAUGAUCCCUUUUCUCCUCCCCUGCGUCCGUGUCCCUCCGCCUCCCUCCUCUCACUCCCCUUCUCACACUCCUCUCCCCCACACAUUACCCACCCACCUUCUGAGCACACUCUGAGCAGGAAAUGGUAUCAGAUCUAACCUAAGGAAACGACUGUACUGUAGCACACGUAGCUUUCUCUGCGUCAGCUACCAGACUCGAGAAUAGAGGAGUGCUGCUGUGGGUUGGGGUGGUCAGGUAGUGCCUGGAGUGUGUAACAAACAAUCCUCCGAGACAGCAGCCAUGGGUCUAAGUGUCAGCCAGGCCGGCCAACUACAUACCUCAGUGAGCUGUAGAUGAAUGCUGAGCAGACAACCUUCCCUGUAGUUAGGCUUCUAUUACUCCUGCCGCGGAGGCUCGUUAAUGCGGGCUACACCUACACGUACAUCUCCUUCCUCCCACCUCUCCACACCCCCACACAACCCUCUCCACACUCCCUCUGUCCUCACCCUCCCACCUCUACCCCCCCCUCCCCCUCACUCAUUGCCAUGAUCACUUCCUUAUACUUUCUCUUUUUAAGUUCCUUCUUUUUUUCCUAUUUUGCUGUACAAAGUGUUUAAAAUAUUAUUAUUUGUAUUAUAUGAUGUUAGUAUGGUAAUGUUCUUUAUUAAGGAAGAAGAAAAAAUUUAUUUUUGUUACUGGUCUGUUUCAUAAUUCUUUUUUAAAUUGGUAUUGUAAGAUAUCUAUGCAAGAACUGUUCAGUGGAGCGUUUUUAUUUAAGAAUGUAAUAUGUGUAAUAAAUGGUAGAACCUG